GAUGCUACUCUGGCGGUCACCGCAUGGCGUCGCUGUUGAGACGCGGAAACAUUUCGGGAACAAAUACAGUUCAAUAGAAGUAGCAGCAGUAAUGGCGGCGACCUGUACGUGGGAACCGUGUGAAGAAGCUGGGGAAGAAAGAGCUGUUAUUGUGAAAUUUUCCAAUGGACAGGUAAAAAACACAGAUCAGCUGAACUUCAGGCUUUUCAAACACUGCGAUGAAGCCAACCCCAGAAAGAAAAGCAGGCGCAUUGUGGUUGCAGAAUCGGACCGGCUGUCGUAUGUCGGGAGCAACUUCGGCCCAGGCACGUUACAGUGCAACAACAUGUGCAGUUAUUUCGUGGGUGUCUUGGACAAAACAACCAUGCAGAUGAAGGUGCAAAGUGCUCAGCUUUUCAACCUGCAGCCCGUCAUACCAGGAGAAACAACAGCCAAUGCUGAGGAAAAUGAGAGCAAAAGCUACAGAGAGAAGCUGGACGCUCUCAUCGAGGCGUUCGGUACGACGAAGCAGAAGCGCGCUCUGAGUUCUAGACGGAUGAACGAGGUCGGCAAUGACACGCUGCAGAAAGCCGUGGCUCGCGCCGCCAGCAACAUCAUAGACCAGAAAGGACUGGAAGCAUUACAGCAGGAAGUGGCGGAUUCACAGGCUCUCACUGAAUCCACUCUCUUCCUCCCGCCCUGUAACAAGAAUGCGACUAAUCGUGAGGACGUUUACCCCUUUGACGGCUUGCUGUCUCCAGCCGAGUUUAACUCGCUCAAGCAGCUUGGUGAGAAAAUGGCGGGACUUACUUCUGAAGACCAGAUGACCAAAGACGGCUUCUUUCCUGAGACUGUGAAGGAGAUUUUGAAAUGCCUUCCCAAAGAGGGGGAAGAUCGAGACAGACAUGCACGCUGUGCCUGGUACCUGUCUUUCCUCAUCAGACUUGCACAAAUGAAAAAACUGGACCGCAAGUUUGGUGAGAACGAAUGUCCACAAGUCAUCUUCAGGAAAGUGCAGAAGAACUUCACAGUGGAGAGUUUUGAUAAAGGAAGACUGAAGAGUACAGUGACCGCGUCUACAGUCAUUAAGAUCGCGUCCCACUGUCUUGCUUUGCUGCUUCAUAUCGGAGAGCAGAAAGUAGACCUCACACUCUUACACAGAGACCUGUUCAUCAGCGAAACCAAGAUGCUGGAGGUGGCAAAGGCCAUGGGGCUCACGCUUUCCCGCCAGUCCAUCCACAGUUUGGAGGAGUCGGGGCUACAGGAUGACCACAGGAUGGCCUCACUUGAGCUCCCACUCGUACGCUACGAACGGCGCAUGGAGAGCCGAAAACGCAAGAAAAUGAAAUGAGUGGAAUGAAUGAAUUAUACAUUUUGUAUGUCAGCUGGUAGUCGGUCACGUGCAGCCCAAAUUCAGUUGCUUUCACUUACGUUUAGAGGGAAAAAAAAAUGAAAUAAACUUAGUGUAUGUCUCUCUAUUAGUAUAUGAUAUGCCAAAAUUAUCAUGUUUUCCUCAAAAGAUGUGAUCUGAUGACUCCAUACACACUUCCAUUAAAUGUCCGGAAGUUUUCAGGGAGCAAGAAAUACAAGUGAGUGAAUACAAGCUAUUUUUUUAUUUUUUUUUUGUUCAUGUUGUGAAUAAAAAUGAGUCAUUUUCUUGAUAAUGAGCAUUUCUCUUGUGCGCACCACACAAAUGACGCAAAGGCAGUCGAUCCAACCUCGAUACGUGUGGCUCAUUAGAACAAGACCCAGAUGUCAAUA